CACAAAUGUCUAUUAUUCAAUUAAGUAAUGGAAAUUUUGUUGUUUUUGAUACAAUCGAACUUGAUGAUCAUCUCAAAAAACAAAUAGAUAAAUUAACAAACAACGGAGAUUUAAUUGAAGGCGUAAUUGGUACACAUCCAUUUCAUACACGAUCAUUUUUAUCUUUUUACAAAGCCUAUCCACAAAUAGCUUAUUAUGGUACGCCAAGACAUUUACGUCAAAUGCCACAAAUUCCAUGGUUAGGUGAUCUUCAAGAUUGUAAUGUAAGACAAAAAUGGGAACCGGAUGUUGAAAUGCGUAUUACAGCUGGCGGUGAAUUUGUCAAUCCACAAUUUGGAUCUAGUCAUCUGAUGAGUGUAUUUAUUUAUCAUCCAGCAUCACGUACACUUCACGUAAAUGAUACUAUUAUGUAUACAGAUAGAUUCAAUCAAUUUCUUAAAUUAUUUGGAAAAUCUGAUGGUAUUAUGAUUUUUCAUACAUCGAUUAAAAAUUGUGGUUUACAUCCAACAGCCGAUGCUCCAUAUUUAUUUCGAGAUUGGAUGCGUAAUAUGUUGAAUGAUUGGCCAUUUGACAAUAUAUGUUGUGCACAUUUAAAUAUCAAAAUAGGUGGAGCACAUGCACAAGUUACUAAACUUUUAGAUAAAACAGAAUCAUUAUUUGUUAAAUUAAGCAAGAAAAAUAAGAAGAAAAAUCCAAAUGGUGAAUUACCAGUCGGUAAUUCUCCUAAUACAGAUGUUAUUGGAGAUGAAUGCGGUUAA